UAUUGCCCAUGCCCCGGGUCGUUCAACUCUCUCUGGAUCGAACUCCUCUCCCGACCGAGCUCAGGCUUGCAGGACCAAACCAGUGCAAGAACCCAGAUCCCCAAAUCCUCUCAUCUCUUCUCCUUAAUCCAGUGCAAAUCCCCUUGAAUCGGUUGCAAUGGAGUAGGAGAUGGCGGCAGCAGGAUCUAAGGCGUUGGAUUGCUGCCGGUAGGAGCAGCGGCAGCUCGAAUUUAGGGUUCAGGCGGCGGCUGCUGUGGCGCGUCCGGUGGCGGCUUGAGCGUGGGUGAAUCCGCGGCGAGGGGGCGCGUGGGAGGAGGCCGUACGAGCCUGGCUGCGGGAGGAGCUGCAGGUGGCGGAGGAACUUCAGCGGUGACGGCUGGUACCUAGGCCUUAAUACUCCGUACAAAAUCUAUGGAAAAUUCAAAAUCUCCUCAAUCAUCAAAGAAGAGUCGGAUUGUGCCUUCUGAUGUUAAUGGCUCCCGAGAUACUGAUGAUUUUUCAUCUGAAAGUGCGUCAAAUCAAAUGGUUGUUUUCAACCCUGAAGUAGUAGAUAAAGAGCAAGAUGAACUGGGAGAAAACCGUUCCCUGUCCUUGCAGAAGUCAGUCAUUACAAGGGGCAUAUCGCCAUCUAUUGGGGCCUUCACUGUUCAAUGUGCUAAGUGUUUCAAAUGGAGACUUAUUCCAACAAAAGAGAAGUACGAAGAAAUUCGUGAACGCAUUAUACAGGAACCUUUUGUAUGCAAACGAGCUUGUGAGUGGAGACCCGAUGUAACAUGUGAUGAUCCAGAAGAUAUAUCUCAGGAUGGCAGCAGGCUAUGGGCUAUCGACAAACCCAAUAUUGCACAACCACCUCGUGGAUGGGAGAGGCAGAUCAGAAUUAGAGGUGAAGGAGGUACCAAAUUUGCUGAUGUGUACUAUACCUCUCCUACUGGGAGGAAACUAAGGUCUCUGGUUGAAAUCGAUAGGUACCUCCAGGAGAAUCCAGAGUACGUUGCGCAGGGCAUAACUUUAGCUCAGUUCUCAUUCCAGAUACCUAGACCUCUGCGGCAGGACUAUGUCAAAAAGAAAGCUAAGUUAGUUCGUCCAAGUGAUGAAGCAAGUACAAUCACGUCUAAGUCUCUUCAACCAGAAGAAGUGAACCCCCUAUCAUGGGCAGCUCCUACAGCACACGAGGGCGACACCAGCGAAGAAGCAUCUCGUCCUGAUGAGACAUUUGCAUCAGAAGUAGAGCUAACCCGGAAGAGAAAAGCCGGGAACUCUUUGUCAGUAGAGUCUAACCAUCUCUCUGAAGAACCUAAAACCAAGUUAGAGGAUGCUCAUAACGGAGACAGACCUACCUGACAAGUGAAAAACGGCAAUGUCGUGAUGCCGACUGCCCCCCAUCCAUGGUUCUAUCGAUUCUCUAUUUGUGUUUCUUUGUCUGUGGGAGUCAGGUUCUCUGUUUUGCGAGGCCACACUGGCCUUACAUGUUGUAUUACACCCCAGAGGCUGGCCAAAAUCCUAAGCUUUGGGGCAGCAACUUAACGAAACGCUGUAUCUGAGAGACGUGUGUUGGACGCUUUCGGAUAAGUAUGUUUAUUGCCAUGUACUUAGCUAGGAGGACCUGCUUAUGUAAGAUUAGUUUUUUAUAACCUUUUGUGUAAGAUGAACCAGUAGAAGUUAUUGUGAAAAUUUCGUUGAGCUA